UGAUGGGGUAGAAGGAAUCAUAUCCCCAAAUAAAACAAAGCAUUUCACAAAAACAAUUGCAGCACUAAGAGAGUAGCAGCAGUCCACUGGCAAACAACCUUUGUCUCCCCCCACUCACAUGACCACCACAUGCACUCCAUUAUGUUUUUCAUCACUCUCCAAUAAUCACAACACCCUUAAUUUUGGGCACUUCACCCCAUAUUGAUCUCUUCCCUCUCCUCAAUCAGACCAAACAUCCAUCAAACACACUCACUCACUCUCCCUCAUUUCACAAUCAUUGCAAUGGCUUAUUUUUCCAACUUUCUUGCAGCAGCAGCCAUCAUUGUGAUCUUCUUGGCACUAUCACUCCCUUCUCAUCAGCUAAGUUUAGAAACUCCUGAUAUUGCAGCAGCGCCAGCUCUGCUUCCAAAUCCUCCACUCUCUCCAUACACACAACUCUCACCAGACAUUGCUCCUCUCUUGCCAUCUCCCGGUGGCACCGCCCGUUCUCCGGCCGAAUCAUCCAUGCCCACAAUUCCCUCAACUCGUAGCCCGAACCCCGACACCAUAACCUCCAUCGGCCCAGAUACUGCAGUUGCACCCUCCGGCUCGCUGCAAGAUUCUUCUGCAGUUUCUCAAGUUUUAGUUGAAGGGCUUAAACUUGAUGUCCUUUAUGGUUGUUUGGCUUACUUCUUGGUGGUGUUUGUCAUGAUAUGAAGCACUGUUGUUAUGAGUAUCUUCAUCGUUAUCAUGGAUCACCUUUUUCCACUUGCUUUUGAUACAAAAUUUUGAGUUGAUUGAUGUGUUAUUCUUGAAAGUGUAUAUGUAGUAUGAUGAUGUUUGUCAUAUUCUUACAUCUUGCUUGGGCUUCCAAGCAUAAGUUGUAAUGGUGGAACUCCUUAUAUAUAUGCAGUUAAAUUUGUAGGCAAUAAGAGCCUCUGCUGUGCUGU